AUGACGGAUUGGGCGGCUCCAAAUCUACCAACUACGAAGCCAAAUAAACCAUUCGGGAAGGAUCGCUUGACGCCCGCUAACUUCUCGCCUCGGCUGAGCCAUGAACUUGCAAGGAUAGACGAUGAUAUUCCAUUCAGGCCCAAAGCGCGGUAUCUGCAUCACACAUGGGCGCAAACAUUCUUUUCGCGACCAGAGUACUACUUUCAGCCAGAGAGUGUUGCAGAGCUCCAGAAAAUCGCCACGUUAGCUCGAAGAUGUCACAAGCGCGUGUGUGUUACCGGCUUUGGGCAUUCGCCAUCAACAUUGACAUUGACUUCAUCGUGGCUGGUCAAUCUUGACAACAUCUCGAACAUACUCGAAUGGGACGUUGAUGGUAAGAAGGGUCUGGUGCGCUUCGAAGCUGGAAUAUCUUUGCACAAUCUGAACCAGCAACUGGCCGCCAAAGGCCUCACACUCCCCAACCUUGGCAGUAUCGAUGUACAAUCUCUGGCUGGCUCUAUCAGUACUGGCACACAUGGUUCAUCACUAUCUCACGGCCUUCUGUCGCAAAGCGUAACUUCCAUGACAAUCCUUCUAUCCAACGCACAACUAGUCACUUGCUCUCCUGAGAAAAACGUCGACCUCUUCCGCGCCGCCCUCCUCUCACUCGGUGCCCUCGGCAUAAUCGUCGAAAUGACCUACCAAACAGUCCCAGACUUCAAUAUCCACUGGUCCCAACGCCUAGUCCCCCUCGACGACAUCCUCUCCAACUGGUCCGAAUCAUUCUGGAAGCAAAGAGAAUUCACUCGCGUCUGGUGGCUCCCCUACCUCAAGCGCGCCGUCAUCUGGUCCGCCAACAAAACCGACGAACCCCCCAAACCACCAAACAAGACCUUCUACGGCGGUGCCUUCGGCUACUACCUCUACCACAACCUCCUCGCUCUCUCAAACUACAUUCCCAGCAUCCUCCCCUUCGUCGAGUGGCUCAUCUUCGGCAUGCAAUACGGCUUCAAGCCCGACACCUACACCAUGACAGCCAUCGAGCCCGCCCGCUCCGGUCUCCUAAUGGACUGCCUCUACAGCCAAUGGGUCAACGAAUGGGCCCUCCCUCUCCCCAAGGGCCCCGAAGCGAUCUCCCGCCUCAGCGCCUGGAUCAACGGCGCACCCAAAUCCGAACACAACAUCCCCUUCUCCAACAAAAACCUCUACGUCCACUGCCCCGUCGAAGUCCGCGUCAGCGACACCACAACCGACAACCAACACAGUAAAGUCCACCCCUUCCUCGACCCGACCUGGCACGAAGGCCCAACCCUCUACCUCAACGCAACCCUCUACCGCCCCUACGGCAGAGACCCCCCAUGCCGCGACCGCUACUACGAAGCCUUCGAAUACCUCAUGCGCGAACUCGGUGGCCGCCCACACUGGGCCAAGAACUUCCUAUACACAGACCGUGAACACAUCUCCACAAUGUACGCCGACGACAUGCAAAAGUUUCUCGCGGUACGCAACGAAGGUGAUCCUGACGGCAUGUUCCUUGGACAAUGGCAUCUGAACAACCUCCCCAUCGAGAGCAACAACCAAGACGAAAACAGCAACAACAAACAAUCCUCCGUUGAAGAAGAAAUCAGCCGUAAACCAAUGGGUCUCGGCUGGGGCGACGGUGUGCUCUGGGAAGGUGCGGUGAGAGACUUUUCGCCAUUGGACAGAGAUGCAGCUAGGGAUGCGGGUGUCAGUUUCUCGAAUGAUGAUGGUGGAAACACGCCUACUGCGAUGAGUAUGACGAGUCGGACGAGUGACGAGAGUUUUGAUAUGUUGGCCAAGGGGGAGGCGAGUUUCUAUCGAGGUUGA